AUGGGCGAGACAAGACAUGUGGCUAUUGGAUUUGAAACCUAUGACGGCACCAUCCGCGAUUAUCGUGGUGCUGCAUCGUUUGAUCGUUUCCCUGGAACUCCAUCAUACCGAUUUCUUAUCCAAGGUGUCAAGGUAGAAAGGAAUGGUGAUGGGACUCUCCCGAAUGAUGCCGACAUAUUGCAAGGGGUCAGUGAAUCGAUGGAGCUCCGACUCACAAGCCGUUUCGAGGGGUACGUCAAGAGCCACAAGAUCAAAGGUAAAGAAACAUCCGGACGAAUCAUUCGGAUGAGGUUCCUUCGCUCGGAAGAUGAGCAGCAUGCUGAUGCGAUAAGGCAAAUUGACGUGAUCGUGUCGAAGUCUUCGACACAGGACAAAGGGAAGCUCCUCGAGCUCGCAGUUGAUCAAGCAUCCGCCCUUGUGCUUGCCAACAUCGCUGAACGAAAGUUGAAGGAGGAAGAGGCAAAGCAGUUGGCUUACGGUGCCUAG